AUGAGACACAUCAGGAAGAGGGAGAGUUACCUGGAUACUGUGUUUGAGAAUGCAGCCACAUCUCCUAAAGUAACUACCUCAAAUUCUGUCAGUGGUCAAGGACAGGAAGAAUGUGUCUACGAGCAAGGCAGGUACAACCUUCUAAAGCUACUCCAGAAAUUUGGAAAAGUGAAACAAUUUGACUUCCUUUUUCACAAGUCGGGCCCACUUGAGGGGCAACCUAGGGGCUACUGUUUUGUCAACUUUGAGACAAAAGAGGAAGCUGAACGAGCCAUUCAGUGUUUAAAUGGCAAGCUUGCUCUCUCUAAGAAACUGGUAGUGCGUUGGGCUCAUGCACAAGUGAAGAGAUAUGAUCAAUAUAAAAAUGACAAGAUUCUGCCAAUAAGUCUAGAGCCUUCUUCAAGCACUGAGCCAGUGCAGUCCAAUCUGAGCAUUAGUGCAAAAAUAAAAGCAAUUGAAACCAAGCUUAAAAUGAUGGCUGAAAACCCAGAUGCUGAAUAUACAGGGCCCCCAGCUUACUCGUACAAUAAGCCCACAGACAAAGCACCAGGCAACAAAUCACGAACUGCUCCCUAUUCUAGAGUUGUUCGGAAAUCCAAGCAAUGA